GCGUGACUAGAAAACAUUCCAAAUCAAUAAUUUUAUUUACAUUUUUUUAAUAUAAAUAUUUAUAAUAAGUUUUUUUUUGCUUAAGUGUUCAAGACCUUUUAAAGCUGACUAAGAAUUUAAUUUGUUGUAAAAAAUUGUGGGAAAAAAUUUUCAAAAAUUGUCAUCAAAUUUUCUGGGAACUCUGAAGAAACUGGGAGAAGAAAUGAAGAUGAUGUAUUGAAUUUCGCAAAGUAUAACAGUAAAUAUUUUUUAUUCAUCUGAUUUUGUCGUGCACAUCAUGAGAGUACGACGUGAAGCAAACAGAGUAGAUAAAGUGAUACAUUACAUUAAAUGAAUCCAAAUCUGCACCUGCGUGUUGCGUAUUGACCUUGGACGCCCUUGUGUAUAAACGUCGUGAUAUGCAGAGUAACCCAUCCGGAGGAGGACCUAAGUUGAUGUUAUGAGUUUAAGAUCAUUGGAGUUGAAAUUUAUUUUUUUAACACCGGAAGAUAAUAUUAAUUACAUUAUUGUUUAUAUAAGUAGUGGUUUUUUUAAAAGUUAUCAAUAGUGAAAUAAUGUUAUUUUUGUGUCGCCUAAUUUUUCAGUGUCAAGGGUAAAUUAUUUCCGCGAAACAGAACACACGAUACCUCAUUGAGCGAGGCUCCCAUUUCAUUUACAUCAAGCGCUCACGAGAUGGGUAGCACAGACUCUCCUGAAGAUAAUCAUUGCGCUGGUGGUUCAUCCUGUGGACUUGUAAGUUCAUUAUUUCCUACUAUUUGUCGUGGUCGUGCCGAAGCAUUUGCCCGGCGUCUUCACCGACGAUUAACGUCGCUUAACGGUACUGAUACCGACAUUAAUUACGAUGAUGAUGAAGAUGAUGACAAAGAAGGAUACAACGAGGAUGAAGCAUGCAUUAAUAAAAACUCGAAAAAAUCAACAGAGGGAAAUCCUGGAGUAAAUCAACGACAGCCGCGUCACGCUCCUGAAUCAGAUCUUUACUAUGAUGUAGAAUUAGACUUAGAAAAUGAUGAUACAGAGCUAAGUUCUCCUGAUCAGGAGCUAAGUGCUGUAGAAUUAGCUAGCUUAUUAGUAAAUCAUUCAGACAUAUUGCAAAAUAAUCAUAAUCUGGCUUCUAAUUCCGGUCGGUUAGCAAAAGAACAUAAUUUGGUACACUGUACUAAUAAUUUAGAACCAGGAUUUGGAUUUUUAUCUCCGCUUAAUGGAACUCCUUCAGACGACUGCAACAGUGAGAUAUAUUUCGACCCAGUAUGCUCAGAUACUGAUAAAACUCGUUCAGAUUCUUUUCACGAUCCUAUUAAUUCAUCAGAAAGUGAUUGUCGUGUGUCUAACGAGAAAACCGGCUCAGAUUCUCAUAAGCUGCCGGGACGUCGAAGAGAUUUUGAUAAAUUACAGAAGCAAGAUACUUCGGAAUCAAGUUCUUCUGUUAAUGGAAAUUUGAAGCAAAUUAAUAAAUUGAAUAAUUCCCUUGCUGUAAAAAAUGACUCAGAAGAAUCUCUUGAAGCUGCUAGUUCUUUAGACACAACUUCACCGAGUCACGAGUCGCUUUGGAGCACUUUUGAUGAAAGUGAAACAGUUUCACUUCAAAAUGAUAGCUUAUCAAAUUCCUUACCGGGUCAGACGGUUUCAAAAUCACACUCGGACUCGGAAAUUCUUCCGCGAGUUCAUUUACCGACUCUAAACAUCGAAUCUGCGACUUCUGGUGAUGAAGUUGAUUUUGUUUGUCAAAGCGACCAUAAGGAAGACAAAAUUAAGUCGGAUUUAUUGGUUUCGCAUAUAGCAUCUAGUUAUAACGACCUAAGUGCAGCUUCUACGGGUGAUAGUUCUACUGAUACUAGUAGCAAUGAUUUGCCAAGUGCUUUUGUCGUUGAUUUUUUGAUAGAUAAGUCAACAAAUAAUUUUAAGAGUGAAAAUUUAGAAAAUAUUGAAGACGGUCUUCGAAUAGAAGAAAUAUCUCCGAAUGAUAAUAACGAGCUAGAUAUCAGCAUAAAUAAAGGGAUUAAUAAUUUUGAAAGAAGAGAAAAUGAAGAUGAAGAAAACGAGGAUUCAGAUGAAGAAGAGGACGAAGAAGAGGAAAAAGAACCCCAACCACAACGAAUAAGACGGUGUUCUUCUCUUAAAACUGGAAAGACACCGCCGGGAACUCCUUAUAGGAAAAAAAUAGUUCGCUUUGCAGAUGUUCUAGGUCUUGAUCUUGCUGAUGUAAGAACUUUCCUCGACGAAAUUCCAAAAGUGCCUCACUCUGCCUUCUCGGACCUAAUCUACGAUGACAUUUUCCAAAAAGAUUCAAGCCCCGUUUCAUUCGAUGGAAGUCCGCCGAAUUUCUCCAGGCUGAGUUUAGAUGCUUUGAAUUCACGGCCAAGAACUCAGAGCAUAGGAUCUAAACCCAGUGGAGUUUUAGUACCUCUUUUCCAACAGCCUGGAGGGCUUAUUAAUUUUCUAGAUAUUGUUCGAGAGCGACAAGUUUGCCUGGAAAAUGUUAUUGUUCAAAAUCCAGUAUCGACUUGUAUCCAAGGUACAGUUCGAGUAAGAAAUCUAGACUUCCAUAAAUCCGUCCAUAUAAGGUACUCUUUAGAUUCAUGGAAAAGCUACAGUGAUCUUCAGGCGAUAUAUUUACAAAAUUCAUGCGAUGGGUUUAGUGAUAAAUUUUCAUUUCAACUUUACUGUCGGCCGCUGAAAAUUGGUGGAAAACUUGAACUUGCUGUACGAUUUCAGUGCAAGGGUGUACAGUAUUGGGAUAAUAAUUCUGGGCUUAAUUAUUGCUUUCAAUGUUUACCAACGAGUCAAGCUAGUAAUUAUAUUCCUAUUACAUCAUCACAAACUUCUGAUAUCAAUGAUUGGUCAAUGAAUUUUUAUUAAUACUUUGUUAUCUGUGUACUUGUUGGAUGCUCAUAUUUUACCAUAAGUACGACUGAUAAUUUAAAAAUUAUUUUUUUUUUAAUUAUUAG